AUGGCUGAUACUAUAGCAGCACUUCGCAGGGACAUCGGUCGAGAUUUGGAAGUUGUAGCUAAAAAUCUUGAAACAAAAUAUAGUAUUGGAGUACCAUGCUUCUCUGGCUCUUAUGGUGAUGUAGGGGUGCAGCUUGAAGAAUUGAGUAAAAAAGUUACGGAUAAAUUGGGGUUGGCAGAAGGUAUUAUCACUUCAAACUGCUUGACCACUCUCGGAGAGACUGAGAAGAAUCUUAAGAAAGAGUUACACGAAGUUAAAGAGUGUCGUGACUUAAUUGAUAAACUCUGUCUCAUCGAAACAAACCUGGUAAAUCUGGGAGCUGACUCUUCUAAUGUAAUGACUAACGCUAAUUUGGUUGCUGAAUGCUUGGAUUAUCUCAACGACUUGACUUCGGAUGAAAACGCAUCAGUUCUAACUGAUAAAAUCAAAAAACUAUUGAAGCAGGAAGUAAAUGACUAUGCUACUUCUUUACGAUGCAGUCUCGGUGAAGAGUUCAAAAAACUGGUAUCUUUCCCUCAAUGCAACACAAAGGGUGUUAAAAUAAUGAAUAUUAGUAAUGAGAACUCAUCUAACACAUCAGCUAAUCUAACUGCCAUGCAAAUUCUGUCUUAUCUAGAACCUAAACUAACGAAAUGGACUAACGAUAUCGUACAACACUUCUGUCGUGCUGCUAUUGAAAGUCGUGACGGUUACGAUAUCUUUGAUUGUGAUAUUAUCAAGCCUGGUGUAUGUAGUUUCAAAGUGCGUAGUAAAGCAAAAGGAACCUUGAGAGAUUUUAACGUCGAUGGAGUAAUCAAAUCCCUCACGCAGUUUUUCACAAAUUUAGCUGGAUCUCUGAAGGACAUUGAUGUUAAUGGGGAAAUGCUCACUAGAUGCAUUGGUAAAGGUAUUGAAGAGUCUCUCAUGGAUAUGAUAGUUAAAGACUUUUUAUCUGUUGCUAUACCAUUUUGCGAUCAAAAAGAUCCUAGGUUCGAUGAAGCCAUGCAGACUGUGGAGAUUUUCCGAGAAACUCUCAUAGAAUUAGGGUUCUGGAAUGACCGUGUCCCAAAGUUCCAUGUCUACGCAGAAUCCAGCGAAACUGUUUUCAUAGACCGACGCUGUCUCUCCAUUCUGACGCAAGCUAAAAAAUUAAUCACCCAACCAUACAUCGAUUUGAAAGAAGUUGGAGGAGUAGAUGAGUUUCAAGAAGAGACAAUAACUGAUUUCGUUGCUGCUUUCGGUCAACCACCACCAAGCCUGGAGAACUGCGAUCAAACCUAUCCUAAACUAAUGCAGUUGCUGAAAUGUAAAAUCAGUAAAUCAGCCGAACAAUUUGUCAUGUUGUUGGAAAGAACCUUAACGGAUGCUGUUGAAACUGACAACGAACAACUUUGUGCUCGUCUUGCGCUUACUGCUUCUAAUAUGCUUCAACUUUACUUGAUCAUUGCGCCUAAGCAUCAUUGCUCUACUAUUUCUUCUGUUCCAGAAUCUGCAGCUGUUUUCUACAACAACGCCUAUUUCAUAUGUCAUCGUAUCCUAAUGCUUCCUUUCGGAAUACUGAAAAACAUCAAAAAAGAUUCUGCAAAGUAUGAUCAUUUCCGUCCUAUUGGGAUAAAAUCUAUUUGGGGCUUGAGAGAGAUAGCUGCUGAUUCAUUGGAGCAAAUGUUAGCUCAAUGCCGCCGUCAACUAAGUACUAUUUUAGCGGAAAGAGAAGUUUUCAAUAAUUUGCAUGAUUACGAUCGUCUCAAGGAUUGUCAUAGAACUAUUGAUUCCGCUCUCAUGUUGCUGAAGUCUGUAGCUGAAGUUUGGAGAGAGGUGAUGUCGGAAGCAGUGUUUUGUAAAGCUUUAGGAAACGUAGUAGGAUUUUUCUUGAAUGAUAUUUGUGCCAUAUUCUUGGAUCUCGAAGAUAUUAGAAGUACAGAUGCUGAAACUGCAGCUUCGAUUCUUCAGAAUAUUCUUGAGCAACUAGAAAAUAUAUUCCGAAUUCGGGGAACUGUAUGCAUCACAAUGGUUUGUGAAUCACCAUACUUCAGAACGAAAGAAAUAAUUUUCUUCUUGAAUGGCUCAUUGAAGGGAGUCGCUGAUCGUUGGUGUGAUGGAAAAGGUCCAUUAGCACAAUGGCUUACUCCUAAUGAAGUGAGAUCACUCGUCAAAGCAGUUUUCAUGAACACCGAACAACGCAAAAAACUUCUCGAGUCCAUCUGUUGA